CUUCCAGUGUCAAGGAGGCAACACAGUUGAUUGUGGGAACUUACUUCUUUGCUAGUUUCUGUUAUCUAAUGUAAUUUAAUUUGGACCUUGAAUUUUGGUAAUAAUUCCGUGCAUUUAUGUUCCCUUUUCUAUCAGUCCUGAUAAAGCUUCUCCAAAACCCCUGUGUCAUUUACCAACGGAGAGUGGCCUCUCGUGGAAGUCCUGGAGAAAGUGUUUUCACACAGACUUACUCAGUUUACUAAAGAAAACCCAUGUCUGCUUGUGAUCUGAUGAACCACAACAUGCAAUGCACAAGGACUGACAUAGAUUGUACCACCCCACGAGUGAAACUGAGUGAUGAGACAUUUAUCUUUAUUGAUGGCAAAUGGGUGAACGAAAUUUACCAUCAGCCACCCUUUGCUUCCCACGAGAAGCACUUCAGCAAGAAGACACAGAGUGAAUGGAGCAUCUGGGAGGAGAAUAGAGCACUCCUGGAGGAAAACAAAGUUCUCCGUAUUGAAAACAGCAUGCUGCAGGAAGAAAACAAGGCUCUUCGGUGCCUCCAGGCGCAGAAUAAGACUGUCAAGGUCAUUUAUGAUGACACUAUUCAUCAGGGCCUCCAGAAGGAAAAGAGGUCAUUCCCAAUCUUCCCAGACAGCAACAUAGGCUUUCAGAUCAGCCAAGAUAACAAAGCUCUUCAGAUUGUCCGGGGAAAGAACAGAGCUUUAGAGAUCUUCCGGCAGCAGAAUAAAGCUUUCCCCAUCAUUUGGAAAAACAAAAAAGCCAUUGCAGUCCAUGAAGAGAGCAAAGACACAAGCUCAGUUCUUCAGAAAGACACUCAAACUAUCACAGAUCCAGAAGAAGGUAACCCUGAUCUAGCCCCCCAGCAGGAACACGAAGUGGGGAGCUCCAAUCCAACCCAGAAUGAGAAGAGUGCCCCAGCCAUGCAGGGUGAGUAUCCAAUUGGCCAGGCCAUCCAGAACUUAUACCAAGCCCUCCAGGUCUUCCUGAAAGAGGACUAUAUUCCCUCUGGAGAGAAAAACUCCCUGAAAGAGGACUAUGCUCCCUCUGGAGAGAAAAAGGACAUUCAGAUUCUCCAGGAGGAGAACAAAGUCUUCCAAGAAGAGAACAAUAAAUUGAGACUGCAGUUGAAUGCCGUGAAAAACACUGUGUCAGAUAUUACAGCUCAAAUGGAAAUGCUGCAAAAAGAGCUCAGUGCCAUCACUUCCCCAGUGUUCGAAGAAGCAGGACAAAUACUGGCAAGUGAAUAUCAGCUUGGAGACAUGUGA